AUGUCUCUCAAACGACUCCAAAUACCAAGUGGUUCUGGUGAACUUGACCAUAUCCAAGGGCUAAUCAAUAGCUUGGAAAUCAACACCUUGAAAAAAACAAACGAAUCAUUAGACUCUAAACUUAAUACCACUUUAGAUCUAUUAGAAAUAAAUUAUGAUGUCAAAAUUUCAAUCGAACAAAAAAUGAACGUGACUAUUGAAGGAGUUAAAAAUAGCAAAACCAGA